GAGGAGGUGGGGGUGAAAAGCAGAGGCCUCUAAGUAGCUUGAUGCAGUUAGGUACUUCUCUCCUGGAUGCUCGGAUGGGCAGGAGAGAGGAGCCGCUCCCUGGAGAGCCCGGCGGGCAGCCAGCCAGCCUCGUCCUCCUGAUUUAACGGUCACUUGUGAGCGCUGACACCAGCGGGAGGUUCUCGUCUGUGAGAUGCGCGGGCAGGAGUGAGAAGAUUUUGCUCACUGUAGGACCUAGAGUGGCUUGGAUUUGUCAGUAGGAGAGAGAUGCUGCAGCAUGAACCCACCGCCUAGAGAGACCGGAUCGCAUCUGCUCGGCGCCGCUCCCUGAGCCAGCCCAGCAGUGGCCGGUAGCCUGCGCGGCGAGGGCUGACACGGCGAGUAGCCCGGCCCUGCCCGCUCCGCCGCCCGCCACCGGCGGGAUGCGCUCGCCGCCGCCUUCAUGCCGGGAUUUGGGACUGUGAACCGCCGCUGCGCGCCCUGCGAACGUCUCGGGCAAGGAGCCCGGGCAGCGGCGGGGCCCCGCGGCAGAGCCCGCUCCGGAGACAUCCACGUGUCGGCCGCCGGCGGUCGCCGGUGAAGACAUCCGCUCCAGCCGGCGGUGCUGGGGGGCACCCCUGAGCCUUUCGCCGCAGACGCCAGAAGCAACCCCACCACCACCCUCCCCUCUCCGGGGUGGCGGCGGAGCCCGCCCGGCGGCCGCGACCAGUGCCCCAUGGUGCUGCUGCGGAAGCUGCCGGGCAUGCCGGGCUGGCCGGCGGCGCUGGGGCUGCGGCUGCCGCAGAAGUUUCUAUUCCUGCUCUUCCUCUCGGGCCUGCUCACGCUGUGCUUCGGGGCCCUCUUCCUCCUGCCCGAUUCCUCCCGCUUCAAGCGCCUUUUCCUGCCCCGCCGGGCCACCGCCUCCGCCACCUCCUCCUCGUCUUCAUCCUCCGCCUCCUCCUCCUCCGCCUCCUCCUCCACCCGCGACGCCGACCUGCCCCGCAGCCCCCCAGCCGCCGCUGAGCCGCGCCACGCCAGCCCCGCCGCCCCCCGCCGCCUCCGGGAGAAGCUCCGCACCGCCGCCCGCAUGGCCGCGCCGCCGGCGCACACCGCGCCGGGCUCCCGGCAGCAGGUGCAGGGUGGGGAGCAGCGAGCCCAGCCCGCUACCGAGGAGAGCCCAGCCCGGGAGACAAGAGCUCCGUUCCGCUUCGACUACGAGCGGUUCCGCCGGAGCCUCCGCCACCCGGUGCGGGGCAGGCGAGCUGGCGAGGACCCCGAGACCCGAGCCCGCAGGAUGAAGAUUAAAGAGAUGAUGAAGUUUGCCUGGGACAACUACAGGCAGUAUGCCCUGGGGAAGAACGAGCUGCGCCCGCUGAGCAGGAACGGCCACAUCGGGAACAUGUUCGGAGGCCUGCGGGGAGCUACGGUGGUGGAUGCCUUAGACACUCUCUACAUCAUGGAGCUGGAGGAGGAGUUCCAAGAAGCAAAGAAGUGGGUGGAGGAGAGCUUCGACUUGAACGUGAACGGGGAAGCCUCCUUGUUCGAGGUGAACAUUCGCUACGUCGGGGGACUGCUGGCUGCCUACUACCUGACUGGAGAAGAGGUGUUCAGGAGGAAGGCUCUGGAGCUCGGGGAGAAGCUGCUGCCAGCUUUUAACACCCCCACAGGCAUCCCACGCGGAGUCAUCAACCUGGGCAGCGGCAUGAGCUGGAGCUGGGGCUGGGCGUCGGCUGGAAGCAGCAUUUUGGCAGAGUUUGGCACCCUGCACUUAGAGUUCCUGCACCUCUCGGAGCUCUCUGGCAACCCAGUGUUUGCAGAAAAGGUGAUGAACAUCCGCAGGGUCCUGAACAGAGUUGAGAAGCCUCAAGGCCUUUAUCCCAACUUUCUGAGCCCGGUGACAGGGAACUGGGUGCAACAUCAUGUCUCCAUCGGGGGGCUUGGGGACAGCUUUUAUGAAUAUCUCAUCAAAUCCUGGCUGAUGUCAGACAGGAAGGACUCUGAAGCUAAGAGGAUGUACGACGAGGCGCUGGAGGCCAUAGAGAAGCAUUUGGUCAAGAAGUCUGCUGGGGGCCUGACCUACAUUGCCGAAUGGAGGGGUGGCAUCUUGGACCACAAGAUGGGCCACCUGGCCUGCUUCUCCGGGGGCAUGAUAGCACUGGGAGCUGAGCAGGCUGCGGCAGAGAGGAGGCAGCACUACAUGAGCCUGGCCGCGGAGAUCACCCACACCUGCCACGAGUCCUACGCGCGCUCAGACACCAAGCUGGGGCCUGAAGCCUUCCGCUUCGACGCCGGCAGUGAGGCCAUGGCCACCAGGCUCAGCGAGCGCUACUACAUCCUGCGGCCAGAGGUGGUGGAGAGCUACAUGUACCUGUGGAGGCUGACCCACGAGCCCAAGUACAGGCAGUGGGGCUGGGAGGUGGUGAAGGCCCUGGAAAAACACUGCAGGGUAGAAGCUGGCUUCUCUGGCAUCCGAGAUGUGUACACCACGACCCCAAGCCACGACAACAUGCAACAGAGUUUCUUCCUCGCAGAGACUCUGAAGUACCUGUACCUGCUGUUCUCGGAGGACGAUGUGCUGUCCCUGCACGAUUGGGUCUUCAACACAGAGGCUCACCCCCUGCCAGUCAACCACACAGACUCUAAGGGCAGCCUGCAGUAGGAGGCCUGGGCAGGCUCCUGCCAUUCCUUCCCACUCAAGGAAUUCCUCUGCUUCCUAAAAUGGUAUUUUUGGGGCACUACUCCAACUGCGGGCAGUAUUCUGUUGGGAAGAGGAAACCACGACCUAAGCACCUUCUUCUCCUCUGUGAGGAGCUCUCUUAGCCUGACACUGAGAUGUUUCUUCUGGGCCAUACUGUACACAGUUCAUAGACAUUCCUUUCUACAGAGAAUUUAUAUGAGACCCACGGAUUUUUUGCUUUCUAGUGGCCAAAGGACUGGAAGUUUGCCAUAAAACAGACUUCACAGACACCUCCGGUUGGUUUUCUGUUUCACUUUUUGCCUUUCUUCUGCUCUUGGGUUUCUCACUUUCUAAUGAAGUUCUCCAUGUGCUGGGCAGGGCAGGAGGAGGCAGAGUUGUCCUUUAUAUGAGGGAGCAGCUGGAGGGCAUCCCCACUGGCUGGGGGGGGCGAGGAGCUGACAGAGCUCACCGGGUAGAGGACAGGUAAAGGUGACCAGGGAGGACAAAGGGGAUCAGGCCCUCCACAGACAGCUAGGGGCAGCCUCAGGAUUGAUUUUGUAGGCCCUGUUCUUUGUGGGAGGGUUCAGCCACCUUGGCACUGCUGGAAGGACAACAAAGCAGGACUGGAACAUCUCUGCUGUGAGGAAGGGCUGAGACCUGGGUCUGUUCAGGCUGGAGAAGACUCAGGGGGGAUCUUAUUAAUGUCUGCCAGUCCCUGAAGGGAGGUGCAAAGAGGACAGAGCCAGGCUCCUGCCAGCAUGCCCAGAGGCUGGGCACCACCUGGAGCACAGGAGGGUCCCUCUGAACAUCAGGAAACAGUUUUUGACUCUGCAGGGGGCAGAGGUUCCCCAGGGAGGCUUUGGAGUCUCUGCCCAUAGAGAUACUCAAAAGCUGCCUGGACUCAGUCCUGGGCAACUCUCUCUGGAGCUGGCCCAGAUGGACCUCAGAGGUCCCUUGACCAUUCCAUGGUGUCAAAAUGGUAACCACACCAAAAGCUCUCUGCAUAGUUCUCAAUCCUGAUGUGGUUUUAGAUACUUCUCCUGUGCCCUUACAACACACCUAGCACACAGCAGCUCUCAUCUCACCUCCCUCGAUGGGGUCUGUGUUUUUCUACUUUGAUUUGGAGGUAAAUGUUCUGAGUCACUUGUAAUCAUCUCCCUGCUGUAAUAGAGCUGUGAAACAGAAUAAAAGCCUUGGAAAAGCAAA